GUCAUAGUGAUGGGAGCCACUAAUCGCCCUCAGGACCUCGACUCUGCAAUAAUGAGAAGAAUGCCUACAAGAUUUCAUAUCAACCAGCCUGCUCUAAAACAAAGAGAAGCAAUAUUGAAGCUCAUCUUGAAAAAUGAAAAUGUGGAUAGACAUGUAGACCUGCUAGAAGUUGCCCAGGAAACUGAUGGUUUUUCAGGAAGUGACCUCAAAGAGAUGUGUCGAGAUGCUGCUCUCCUCUGUGUCAGGGAGUAUGUUAAUUCUACAUCAGAAGAAAGUCACGAUGAAGACGAAAUUCGGCCUGUGCAGCAGCAGGACCUUCAUCGGGCAAUUGAAAAGAUGAAGAAAUCAAAAGAUGCAGCGUUUCAGAAUGUUUUAACUCAUGUUUGUUUAGAUUAAGAGUAAAGAUCAUUUGUACAGUUCAGUAAUCCAGUUUGGUGUGCCCUCUCAUCAGUUAGUGGAAGGAGUACUCAUAAAACAGUGAGGGAGUUCCAUGAGUGUGAUUUUAUACUCCGAUUCUAAGUUAUUGAGGUAUAGUGGUCAUAUAAACGGUAUUACUACUUGUCAGAAAUCAUGAUGAGGAACAAUUUAAUCCAGCUUGAAGGGUGCUUGUGUUUGACCUCUUUAGCCAUAUGUUGUUAUAGCCUUAUAGCAUCUAAGCUGGUCUUAAUGAUUCAGUGGUCAUUAGUGAGAAAUGAGGGUGUGGUUAGGUGCUGGUUCCUAGACAUUGUGAGUGUGUGUGUGUGAGUGAGUGGAUAUGGAUGUGUGUAUAUUAAAUGUAUAUAUCCACACAUUUUUUUAUUGACAUUCUGUAGAUAUGUUUGAAUACAGAAAUUUUUUUUAUUCCAACUUCCAAGUCCAAAAGCACCAAGUAGUAUAUAGCAAAACUAAGAUUUAAGGUUGUUUCUAACAGGUACAGUGAUUCAACCAUUUCUAGUUGUCAUUUGUUUCAGGCUUUUCUAAGUUGAGCAUGUCUCUGUCUGCAGUUGAUGAGCUGAAUCAGUCACAUCUGAAUAUAUACAUGUGGCUCAAAUGUAAUGGUUGUCAGGGUAAUCAAAUAAAAAUCCUCGUGCCAUGAUUGGCAUUGAGUGGUUGUUAGGCAGGAUUGUGAUCAACACUGAAUCCACCUCUUCCUGCUAGCACGUUGAAUAGAAUCUUUGUAAAGUUUUAAAUUCAUUUACAUUAAAGUGGGUUGAGAGCCUUUCAAAAGAGUGGGUCUGAGAAUCCUCAUUGCCCUUCAAUACAUGCAUAUGGCUUUUCUUUUAAUGUAGUAGUACUGUUGUAACCAUGUUUUAAAAAUGUUAUUUAGAAAGUUAUAUGUCCUUUAAUUAUGGUCAAAUACAACUUGGUCACCAAAAAUGACAUGAUAGCUUAGCCAUUACUAAAUGUACUAAAAAUACUCAUUUUGUAACUUUAAUUUUUAAAGUAUUCUCAGCAUCUUAUAAAUUGUGGUAUCAUUAAUUACAAAUGCACACACCAAAAUUCCCAUAUUGUGUCUGUAAGUCAUUUGAUGCUAUGUAAGCUACAUAUGAAACAAUUUUAUUUUUGUUCAAAACUCCAUUAACCAGAAUUCUGUCACAGGCACCUAAACAUACAUGAGGAAAACAGCACAACUCAACCUUAAGGCGCUUUUUGGAUCACCAGAGAUUAAAUUAUGUUUCAAAGAUUUUUGUUUUAUUUAUUUCCUUGAGAACUCUGACUUUAUUUGUGAGCUAUUGAAUUAAUUUCUCUGACAGUGUGUAUCACAAGAAUCUUUGGUGGGAGAGGUUGAAUGAGAACACAUUGUACAACAAAAAGUUAUGAAUGAUUGUGAGAUGAUUAAGAAAUUGAAUGCAAAAUACAAGAUACCAAAAAUUUUAAAAUGUGUCCCAUUUUUAAUACUCAUUUUGUAAUGUGUAAUAAAGGGGUCCCUCUUUAUUGAUUUUGUCCACUUAAUCCUUGAUCUUUUUCUGGUAUUUUAAACUUUGAGGUUUCUUGUUUUUUGUUUCAUUUGUUUGUAAAACUUAC